UCAAAAAUGAUACAUACAUACAUACAUACAAAAAACACUCAAUAAACAUUGAAAAAAGGCACACUGAUUACAUCAGACCAACUUUUUGUCCUAAUGGUGAUGCCCAAUCCUGAAGCCAUUUCCUAUAUUUCUGAACAAAACAAAACAAUAAUAAGGACAGAGUAUCUUGUGUGUGUCACCAGCCUAUGGCAUCGUGGGGAAUUUUUGGCUGAAUGGAUUGUAAUCUCCAUCCAAAGUGGAAUAGAUAUCGACAAGGAGACGAUGCUGAUGACAUAGGGCACAACCUGACUGAUGUCAGGGACUGAAAGGCCAGCUGAAGGUCACAGGUGAUUGGAUUACCGAGAGUUCUGUUGACACCAGUUCUCGCAUCAUUCUUUUUCUGCCAGCAUUGUUGCCCCUAAAGGUUACCAGUUUUAUCUCUCAGGAUGCUGAUAAGUGGAAGUGAGGCUCUGAAGCCUUUAUAAAGUGAUCAGACCAUCCAAAAAUAAAAGAUAAAAAAUAAAUAUCCUGAGUCACAGAGACAUUCAUUCUUUCAGCAUGUUGAAAGGAGCCCUGCUGACAUUAGGCCUGUUCAUGGUAUUUGUGCACCUUGCGCAGUGUACCGACGGUCAUUCCUCAUUUUAUGGGGUAAAACUGUGCGGAAGAGAGUUCAUACGAGCCGUCAUUUUCACAUGUGGUGGUUCUCGCUGGAGAAGAAGCGCGGAAGACUCAGGCCUUAUUGGUGAAGAAAUCCUGGAUCUGUGGCGGGCGAAUCCAAUCCCUCAGCUUUCUGAGCAAGAUCCUGCUAAUUCCCAAGCACUGAAAGAUCAAGUGAUGAAUGCUGUUGGGUUCAGCCGCUCAGCUCGCUCGCCGCUCUCAGAGGAAUUGCUGGAGGCUCUGCGGGGGGCAGGCAGGAAAGGACGGGAAGUAGAGUUCGGACUGUCCAACGCUUGCUGCAAGUGGGGCUGCAGCAAGAGUGAGAUCAGCUCUCUUUGCUGAAGAUGAUUUACCCCCCUUAACUGACUGACAUGCAGAAUUUUUUUUUUAAAUCCCAUGUUAAAACUAAUGAUUUUUCAUAUAUUAAUGAAAAAAACUGCUACUGUGACUGUCAUAUGCUGAAAAAGUGUUUAAUAAAGUUUCGAGUUAUCGAUUUAUAAUCUGUUCCUCUGAAAAGAACAAAUGUGAUAUUUCAUGCAAUUAAAGGUGUUUCCACUUACAC